CAGACAAACAAAGGCAAAACCAAAGCACAGCCAGGCCAAGCAUAGACAGUUUCUGCUUUCCAUCCUACAGCAGCAAGAUUCAACAGAUGCCUUUGGAAUGAAUGGUGCGGGGGUGUUCAGGUGGAGCACUGAACCUUUUCUAGAGCUACAUGUUGGAGUCUAACACCGAGCUAGGAAGGAGAAAGGAGAACCUUUUCAUGACGAGAAGGGAGGCAUACGAUUACCAAUUCUGAAGGAAACCUUACCUGAAUGGAAGAGGGAGACCCCCAGCCCAGCAUCUCCUUGGCACGCACCCCGUCGGAAGGCGCGCCGGCGGUCGACUUGGAUCUGCUCGAGCAGCUGCUCUCCGCUGACAACGCCUGGCUCGAAGUGGCAGCAAAUACUUCACGCUCAAACAACUUCUUUGCUUCCCCCUCCAACCUCUUGACCGAUGCCGUUACCACCACAACACCUGCAAAUUCAUGGUGGAUUCAGCCGAGUGGCGCAAGCACCUCAGUUCGGGAACGGUUUGACCAAGCACUAGCUUACAUCAGGGAGACACAGAGCGACGCCGAUGUGCUUGUCCAGCUAUGGGUGCCAAUCAAGGGUGAUGGUGGGCAGCUGGUGUUGACAACGAGCGGGCAGCCAUUUACUCUUGAUCAGAGAUCCAAUAGCCUCAUACAGUUCAGGGAGGUGUCGACGAAAUACCAGUUCUCUGCAGAUGUUGCUUCAGGAUCCUCACCGGGGCUACCAGGUAGAGUGUUCAUCGGUAGGCUCCCUGAAUGGUCACCGGAUGUUCGGUACUUCACCAGCUAUGAAUACCCUAGGGUGAGCCAUGCACAGUAUUUGGAUGUCCACGGGACGAUGGGGCUGCCGGUGUUUGAGAGGGGGAACUAUUCAUGCUUAGGUGUCAUCGAGUUGAUCAUGACCAAACAGAAACUCAACUUCACCUCUGAGAUCAAUACCAUUUGCAGUGCUCUCCAGGCAGUUAACCUGACAAGCACAGAAGUUUCAAGCAUUCCACGCACAAAGCUUAGCAGUGCUUCCUACAAAGAUGCUUUACCAGAGAUACUAGAGGUCCUGAGAGCAGCCUGCAUCACCCACAAGUUGCCAUUAGCUCAGACCUGGGUCACAUGUGCUCAACAAGGAAAACGAGGCAGCCGCCAUUCUGAUGAGAACUACAGGUACUGCAUCUCCACCAUUGAUGAAGCAUGCUAUGUGAAUGAAUCCCAGAUGCAGAGCUUCCAUGAUGCCUGCUCCGAACACCACCUGCUACGGGGGCAGGGUGUUGCAGGGAAAGCCUUCACCACAAAUCAGCCAUGCUUCUUACCGGAUAUUGGAUCUUCCACUAAACUGGAGUACCCAUUGUCUCACCAUGCUAAAAUCUUCAAUUUAAAAGGUGCAGUUGCAAUCCGAUUGCGGUGCACACGCACAGGGAUUGCUGACUUUGUGCUAGAAUUCUUUCUGCCAACUGACUGUGAAGUACUUGAGGAGCAGAAGGCAGUGCUUGACUCAUUGUCAGGUACCAUGAGAAAUGUUUGCCAAACUCUACGUGUUGUUACUGACAAGGAGAUGGAGGAUGAGACCAUGCGAGAAAUGAAUGAGCUGAACUCAUUCAGUCCUCGGGGCAAGAACAAAGUUGAGGAGUUGUCCUUUGGAGGCAACACAACGGAGCAUAGAGAGGAGGCAUCUUGGACAGGUUUAGUAGGGACUUCACAGAAUGGAUCAGAUUUAGCUGAAUUGCAUACACACGGAAUGCUAUCACAUGGAGGACAGGGUUCAUCUCAAGCUGGUGAUCAAACAAGUAAAGAAAGUAGCAAAAUAAAAAGGCGUACAAAGACAGAGAAGACCGUGAGUUUGCAGGUCCUUCGGCAGUACUUCGCUGGGAGUCUGAAGGAUGCAGCAAAAAGCCUUGGAGUGUGCCCAACCACUCUCAAAAGAAUAUGCAGGCAGCAUGGCAUAAACCGCUGGCCAUCACGGAAGAUAAAGAAAGUAGACCACUCUCUAAGGAAACUGCAGCAAAUCAUUGAUUCAGUUCAUGGAGCAGAGACAGCUUUCCAACUUAACACCCUGUACAAAGAUCUAACAAACACAUCUGUAUCAUCUGACAAUAAUUUGUCAGGAAGCAUCACGGUUCCUCUAGCUAACCAGAGCAAUCUCACUGACUUUGAGAAGCAGCAACACCACAUGCCAAGCAACAAUAUUCCAUCGACUUCACUCUCACACUCAUCAUGCAGCCAAAGUUCUGAUUCAAGCCCCUCCUGCAGUGGAGUAGCAACAAAACAUUCACCACAGGUUGGAGCUAAUCUGGUGAAGUCAGGAUGUCUUCCACAACAUAGCCCUGUCCAGACUCAGCAAACAGAAGCUGCUUCAGUAAAUGAACAUUUCUCAGGUCAGGAAGCAACAAUAGAUCUCUUACAGGAUGUUGCUGAAAAGGCAAUUGACGGACAUCAUACGUCUCAAAGCCCAUCAUCCCCCAAGCAGACUGCAGAUGUAGGUAUGAGAGUAAAGGCCACUUUUGGCUCAGAGAAGGUGAGGUUCAGAUUGAAGUCUGAGUGUGGCUUUCAAGAACUGAAGCAGGAGAUAUCAAAACGUCUGAGUAUAGUAGACAUGAAUUCUUUGAUUGUAAAGUAUCUGGAUGAUGAUUCAGAGUGGGUCUUGAUGACAUGUGAUGCAGAUUUACAUGAGUGCUUUCAUGUUUAUAAACAAGCAGAUAUCCAAACAAUCAAGAUUUCAGUUUAUCUAGCUCCUAGUCCAACAACAAGGGUCACUAUUGGUCACACUGGCUUGUCAUGAAGACACCAUAAGCCUCACUAGCUUGUGGGGUGUCUUCAUAAAUCAAUAAACAAGCUGUGCUUGGUUUUACACCAGGGAAAGCCAGAAAUGGUUGGCCUCUGCAAGGUGCCAAGUACCAAUCGGAUGUAGCUCAGGUGUUAGCUGGAUUAGUCUUUAAUGAGCUGCUGAGGUUAGAAACUGCAGAUUACACGGGAGUACUUGACAAUGGCAAUACAGUUUUGAAGUAGCAUGUACCAAACGAACCAUGCAUUGACUUGUAAAUACUCACUGAUCGACCUGAGACUCUCAAAGGAAGUGUAAUUUGAUUGAGAUCAUAGGGUGAGAUAUAUCUAAACCAGGUUGGUCUGAACUUUCAAAAAAAAACCAGAGGAUACAGCACUUGACCAUUGCCUCAGUGACCAGCAGGAAGGUCGUCUUCCCCCUCUUUUGCCAGAAAAGAAAAGGCAGCAAGGACUCAAUUCUUCAGCCUGCGUCUCUGAAAAUACAAAUUGACACGGCGGUUGUUCUUAGUUAGUUAGAUAUUAGAGGAUAGGGUAUACUUCCUUUGUUCAAUUUUUUUGGUCAAUUAGAAAACUAAAAUGUAUGGUGACCUCGUACAAAAUGAUGAUGUGUUCUUUAUGGAGACUGUUGCCGCAGUGGACACAAAAAAAUGUUUUCUUUAAGAAGAUUGAAUUUUCUGAACUGCAACAAAUGCCAUUAGGAUGUCUAAAUGCAUCUAACAGCGAAAAAUUUUA